AUGGUUUACAUUCACGGUGGAGGCUACAUUAUAGGAACAGCGAUCACUUCUCCCAGCGAUUUUUUGGCUCUUCAGGGUGUGGUUGUAGUCAUAAUCCAGUAUCGUCUAGGUCCCUUUGGUUUCUUGACGACUGUUGAUUCGGCGGCUCCUGGUAACUAUGGAAUGUUGGAUCAAGUGGAAGCACUGAAGUGGAUCAAUGAAAACAUUAUGAAUUUUGGCGGGAAUCCCAACAAGGUCACGAUAUUUGGAGAGAGCGCUGACGGAUCCAGCGUGAGUCUCCAUCUUCUAUCUCCUCUGUCACGUGAUCUUUUUCAUCAGGCCAUUGCAGAGAGCGGUGUAGAUUUAAGUUCCUUUGCCAACGUCUGUUGGUCUUCCGGUCGCUAG